CAGGAAACUCCAAACAUUGAAGUCAUAUUUAUUGGAUGGCAUAAGAGUGAAGAGCGACCACUAAUGAAACGCGCAAACUUCAAACUGAUGCCAAACCUAAUAAUGCUACGUGUGUAUAAUUCUCUAUUUUUUGACUGCAAAUUCCCUGCUUCUCUAGACCUUCCCGAUUCUCUUCGUUACCUUUAUUGGUGGGGAUAUCCACUGGAAUCUUUGCCGUCAAAUUUUUCGCCGGAAAAUCUAGUUGAGCUUCAUAUGCCAUAUAGCAAAGUUAAGAAGAUUUGGAAAGAAGACCAGAAACUUGUGAACUUAAAAGUGAUCAAUCUACAAAUCUCUACAAAUCUAACUGAAGUUCCAAAUCUCUCUGGGAGUCGAAAAAUUGUGGACAUAUAUCUCUCUGGUUGUAGAAGUUUGGUUGAAAUUCCUCAGUAUUUUCAAGAUCUUGACAAGCUUACUGAGCUUCAUCUUCAAGGCUGCACCAGUCUCAAAUAUCUUCCAGAGAUGAUAGGAAAUAUUAAAUAUUUAAAUUAUUUAACACUGGUAUAAAGGAGUUGCCCCAAUCAGUUUGGUCUCACGAAAAAAUUUCUUACUUGAAUAUAAGUCAUUGCGUUAACCUUGAGAAACUUCCAAGCAACAGGUGUAAGUUGAAGGUCUUUGGUUCUUUUAAUCUAGAUGGCUGCACAUCUCUCGGUGAGUUUUCUGAGCUUCCCAGGGAUAUAAGUAAAUUAUCAUUGGUUGGUUGCAAGAGACUUGUGAGUCUACCAACCAGCGUUUGUAAGUUGAAAUAUCUUGAGGAACUCAAUCUCUCCAGCUGCUUUAAAUUUGAAGACUUCCCAAAGAUCUUGGAGCCAAUGGAACAUUUGAAGUCCUUAAAUUUAAGUGGAACAAUGAUUCAAGAGCUACAUUCAUCAAUCGAGUUUCUCCCU